ACAGACCGCAGAGUGCAGACGCAAACAGUAAAAAAUGUAAACAAAGGCGGGGGCCCGAGAAGUGCAUCCAGUAGAUAUCGGCGUUAAUAUAAAAGCCAGAAAAAGAUCGGCUCUGACACUCACUGAAAGUCAACCCCAACUCCUUGCUCUCAAAAAGCCAAAAUGCCAAUCGUUUGGGAAGCCAUUGGAGCGUCGAUUCUGCCAAAUAUAGGCGGAUGGCUCGCUACACCAUUUACUAUGAGAGCUGUCAGGGGCUGGUACAAGACCCUGAAGAAGCCAUCAUGGACGCCUCCUGACUGGGUGUUUGGUCCCGUCUGGACAUCCCUGUACACUGGCAUGGGGUUUGCCUCGUACCUGGUGUGGCGGGACGGAGGAGGUUUUGGUGGCGAGGGUCAAACCGCACUCGCCCUUUAUGGCGCCCAGCUCGCCAUCAACUGGGUUUGGUCACCCAUUUUCUUUGGGAGGCAAAACAUUGGUGGAGGACUGAUUAAUAUCAUCCUAAUGUAUGGAACAGCCGGAGCCGCUACCGUUGCCAUGGGCAAAAUCAACCCGACCGCCGGGUACCUGAUGGUGCCCUACAUGCUGUGGCUCUCACUGGCCACUGCCCUCAAUUACUCAAUCUGGAAAAACAACCCUUCCAAAAAAGACGAGCGAAAAGACUGAGAAAGUCUCCUCAGAAUUCCAAUAUAUAUAUUUUUUUAAUUUUAAUGAGCAGUUAAGUAAAAAAGAAAAACCCUCAAUUUUUUUCACAUGCUGAAAAAUUUAUAUCAAAAAUAAAAAAAUUACAUUAAUGUAUAAAGGCACAAAUUUAAUACAAAUCCAAUUUAAAAGGAAAUUCAGCCAAUUUUAUUUUAAAAAUUUGUACAUAUUAUUCAAAUUUAUUCCUUGGGCCCAUGGUGAUAACAGGAAAAGAACAUUAAAUUUUUUUUGGGUUAAGCAUAAAGUAAAGUGGAUUAUUCAUAGAAGUGCAAAUUCCAUUUUGUGUGCAAAACGACAUAAAGCGCGCUCCUUGCUGACAGUGCGAGCGCGAGCUAGAUCCUCAUUAUAUAUGUACAUUUACAUUAUUUAUGCGCAUAUAUACCACGAAAAUGCAAAGCCCGACAGAUGGCGUUUUGCAGCCGAACUUGAACACACGCGAUCAAAGCAAAAUGUAAACAAAGGUGCGGAUCUCUGAGAAUUGAGCUAAACCACGAAACGCGCUGUCACCUGUCGCUUUAGCUUUGACACUCGUUGACACCUGGAAACUCGAAUCAUCAACUGUUGAACUGUCCUCGUCCAAAAUAG